GUUACUUUGUUUCACGGCACGGUCACCCUGGAGCCGCGCUCGGAAAGGGGCAGCUCUCAGGGUGGCCAGAAUCGUCUGCUCGGAGGAGCUUUUUGGAAUAAAUUCCACUUGGUGUAGUGUUUGCGUACGUGACAGUGACUAAGUAGAGCAGGCCUGGGCUUUUAUUCAGAAAUGCUACUACUGCCUCUUUUGUCAUAAGGAGAUUGUUUUUAUUGCAAAGCAUUUUUAGGCUUCAUUUUUCAGGUGCACUGCACCUUGCAGGGGUCACCCUUUCUCUCAUCAGAUUUUAGCAUGGAGACCCUUGCUUGCAGGAGCACAGAAGAAGGUGUUUGUUCUAGGGGCUUCCUCAGCUGCUCCCAGCUUUGUUUACUUGUGGCUCUGCUGGGAGACAACAGGAUGGAGAUUUGGCUUCACAGAAUCAAUUAGGUUGGAAAAGAUCUCUGAUGUCAUCAGGUCCAACUUUUGGCUUUCAUCACCUGUCAACUGGACAGUGGCACUGAGUGCCACAUCUGGCUGAGUCCCCCCAGCUACCUCAGCUGCUCUCAUCAGACUCAAGCUCUGGACCCUUCCCCAUCUCCAUUGCCCUUCUGUGGACACAUUCCAGCCUCUCAGUGUCUUUCUUGAAGUGACAGGUCCAAAACUGGACACCACCCUCCCUGUCCUGUGUCUUGUGUCCCCUAUUCUCAGUCCUCACCUGUGUUAGGAUGAGAACAGGUCUAUGAGUAAGCACAGGAAAAUAGCAGUCAUGGAAGAAAGUGAGGAGGAAAGUCCUUGGUGCAUAAUCCUGCUUGUGCUCCCAGCAUACAUCAGCCAGCCUGCCCUGCCCUGCCCUGCCCUGUGUCCCAGCACCAUCACAUUAAAUCAGUUUGUUCUUCCAUAACCCCUCUGAUGGGAUCAGCCAGGCACCAUCCAGGCCUUAAGACUUAAAUUGUAUUUGAGAAUAAAUCUAAAUUUAAGACAAAGCCUGGCCUAUUUUAUAGUAGGGAUUAUGUGAUGUGGUGUCUGCAGUGGUGUGAGAAGUCUUGGCUCAGGAGGUCACUUCUCCUCCAGUCUUCUGGAUGUAUUAACUCACAUACUGAAGCCUCCCUGAAUUAAGUUGGAAUCAAAGAUCCUGCCUUUUCCAUUUUAAAUACAAAUGAAAGGAUGUGUUCAGUUAAAUGAAAGGGUGACAUUUGCAUGGCUGGGUAGUCUUGUCAAUCCUCUGUAAAAAGUGAUAAAAAUCAGCAUUUUUAUUUAUAGACACAUUAAUGCUGAUUGGGGUGACCUGAACUCUGGAACUGUGAUUGGGUUAGCCAGUGCUUAUUCCCUUUAAACACACAGGCCUGUAAAACAUUUGUCUCAUCUGUCAGAGGGUAAACUUGAAAUCCUGACUCAGUUUCAUGCACUGAGCUGUAUUUUCAGGUGGAGGAGGGGAAGAAGUGGAGGAGGAAAGAUUACCAUAAGCCUGCCUCCUGCAGAGUUAUUAUCCCUCUGUGAUCCACAGAGCAGGUGGAAAACUGCUGUUCUGGCUAACCCUGAGCUCCCCCAGACACACCUGAGCUGGUGGUGCUUGCUACUCCCCAGGCUGGCCUGAGCUCUUCUCUCUUCAUGAUUUGGUAUAUGUCACAAGGAAAACAUGCAGAAGCAAGAGAACUAAUGUAUUCAGGGGCUUUACUGUUCUUCAGUCAUAACCAGCAAAACAGUGCUGCUGAUCUGUCCAUGCUGGUCUUGGAGUCUUUGGAGAAGUCGGAUGCAAAAGUAGCAGAAGACCUUUUAGAAAACUUGGCUAAAUUGUUUAGUCUAAUGGAUCCAAAUUCUCCUGAAAGAGUGGCUUUUGUAUCCAGAGCACUAAAAUGGUCCAGUGGGGGAUCAGGAAAACUUGGACAUCCAAAACUACACCAGUUACUAGCUAUUACCCUGUGGAAAGAGCAAAACUAUAGUGAAUCUCGGUACCACUUCUUGCACUCGACAGAUGGUGAGGGCUGUGCGAAUAUGCUGGUGGAAUACUCCUCGUCCCGCGGAUACCGCAGUGAGGUGGACAUGUUUGUAGCUCAGGCAGUACUACAAUUUCUCUGCUUAAAAAAUAAGACCAGCGCCUCAGUUGUUUUUACGACAUACACACAGAAACAUCCUUCGAUAGAGAAGGGUCCACCCUUUGUGCAACCACUGCUAAACUUCAUCUGGUUUCUGUUGUUGGCAGUUGAUGGAGGAAAACUAACAGUAUUUACAGUAUUGUGUGAACAGUAUCAACCUUCGCUGAAAAGAGACCCCAUGUAUAAUGAGUACCUAGAUAGAAUAGGACAGCUUUUCUUCGGAGUUCCGCCCAAGCAGACCUCAUCCUACGGGGGCUUGCUAGGAAAUCUUUUAAACAGUCUGAUGGGAACUGGGGAAGAUGAUGACACAGAAGAUGGUCAGGAAGACAGCAGUCCUAUCGAGCUCGACUGAAUGUUGUUGUCAUUGGGUGCCGUGUAAAUCUGAUGAUUCGAUGACUCCAAAGACACUUUUGGAAUUUGAAUCCUGCAGUUGUUUCUUGGCUCCUAAAAGGGCUCCUCUGGUCUUUUAGAAAUGGUUGCUGAAAUGUUUAUACUGUCGGUCUAUAUUAUUUAUGUAAAAAAAAAAAGAAAGAAACCAACAAAAAGUAGCCAAACGAACCAAUAUCGGAGCGGUUGUUAGUGGGUGUCCGAUCCAGCGGCUGGGACUGAUUAAACAUAGUCUGCGGUUUCUGAUGCAGUAUUCCCUUUUGCACAGUCUUUAAUAAAGCAUAAACAUGGGGCUUGUCCUUCACGGCCUACCCAAUACCACCUGUGUUCUGAGAAAGCCUCCUUGCCCUCUGCCCUCUUCCAAGGAAGAUCUCGAGAGGCAGGGGGAGCAAUUGAAUAAUUGAUUUGUGAGGCUGGUGCCAAAAGUACUGCGAGACGAGCCAAGCAGCAUAAUUUGAGAUGCACAUCCAAGAGACAUUGAUACAAGAACUUGCUUCCACUGCCAUGAGUAACAUGCACACCCUUCAUACUGCCUGCCCCUCUCCCCAAGGCCGGGCUCUGGCUGAGCCCACGCGUGUGUUUAGCCGAUACCUCCUGAAAAGCACAAGGUUGAAUAGCUCUUGAGUAAAAGCCCAUCAGUGGAACGCAAGUAAUUGGCUUCCAGCUGGAUCUCUCUUGCCUAGGUAUAAAAAUGUGGCAUCUAAAAUACAUCCUGUGGCUUGUGGCUGUACUUUGGAAGAGAUUUUGCCAGUGUAAGUUCCCAGCUGUACGUGCAGGCGGCAGCGUUGCUGUGAGUAGGGUACGUGCUUGAACUGGGCUGGAUGGCAAGAAAAGGGAUACUGCAGAGCUUCUGGUUCUUUAUGAUAUAUUUAUUUUUCUUGGGUGAUUGAUUCAUUUAACACUUUCUGUUAAAAAAAAGAAUAAAUCAAUAAAUAAUGGAGUAACUUCACCCCCAGCAGUAGGCAUAGCCAUUCUCCAUCUCCUCUGUAAUGCAGCACAGUCUGGUACAGGGAACAGGUGAAAGGGUGGGGAAACGCUUUAUUUUUUCACGAUGAAAAUAAAAAGGCUUAGAUUAAUAAACAGCAAUCAUGCAUGGGGGAGGGAUUAAUACAAAUUUAUUGACUGUAUGAAAAAAAAAAGGCAUUGACAGGAAGACUUUGUGUUAAUUGUGAAGUCUCAAAUAAACACUUUAUACCAGGA